AUGACUCUCCUCAACUACAUUCAAAACAUGUCCCAAACCCACCUCGCUGGCCACCUCUCUCCCAAAUCUCGCCCAGCCACUCCCCUCCCAUCCGAACCUGUCACACCUAUCGACGCCGAACCACCUGUGCUUGUAUACGAACCUACCCCCUCUGACUCUGCCGUGGACGCCUUUGUCGAUGCGCCCACCGACCCUAUCGCAUCCCCUGACGCCGCCGCUUCUGAACCAACCCCAACUCCUGUAUCUGCCCCUGCCCCCGAGGUCACCAUGAUCGCUCUCGUGCCCUCGAUUCCCGAAGAGCAGCCCGUCGCCGCUGAGCCUGUCGCACUUGCUGCCCCCGUCGAGGCUGUCAACGCCGAGGAGGUCAAGGAGACCCCCGCCCCUGUCGCAGAGGUCGAGGCUGCCCCCGUCGCUGAGGUGACGCCUGUGGUUGAGGAAGCCCACAAGCAGCCCACCACCACUCACGCCGAGACAGGUACCCUCCACACCCCCGUCGAGGCUGCAACCACCGUUGACGGUACCCCAGCCGAGGCCGCCGUCGAGGAGACCCCUGUCGCUGCCCCCGCCACCGAGACCAAGGAGGAGAAGAAGGAAGAGAAGAAGGUGGAGGUCAAGGAGAAGGUCGAGAAGACCAAGGCCGAGAGCAAGGGCUUCUUCGCCAAGCUGUUUGGCGGCAGCAAGAGCCCCAAGAAGGAGAAGAAGGUCAAGACCCCCAAGACCGAGGAGGCUGACCCCACCCCCGUCACCGCCGCAGAUACCCCAGCCCCCGCUGCCACCGAGCCGAUUGCCGAGGUCAAGGCUGAGGAGGUCGCUGAGCCAAAGGCUGAGAUCACCGGUGUCGCACUCGCUGCCGAGCCGGUCGCCCAGGCUCCCGUGCAGGUCGAGGAGGCGCCCGUCGCUUCCACUUCCGCCGUUGUUGAGCCCGAAGCUGUCAAGGAGACUGAGACCACCGCUGCCCCGGUCGAGCCCGUUGCCGAGUCCAAGACCAAGGAGACCACUGCCGCCGAGAAGGACGUCAAGGCCAUCAAGGCUCACCGCCGCAUAUCGACCCGGUUGACAUCCUUCGUCAAGGGUAUCGGUAAGAAGGAGCACCACGCCGGCAAGGAGGAGCACGUCAAGGACGCCGCCGCAGAGCCCGCCGCCGCAGAUUCGACCCCGGUCGUCAGCGAUGAGGCGCCCAAGAUCGCCGAGCCCACUCCUUCCGAGCCCAUCUCGAUCGAGGAGCAGAAGCCCGCACCAACGACGACCCACGCUGCACCCCCAGCCGCCCCCGUCGUAGCGACUGCGGCCUGA